AUGAGUCGUUUCAACAAUUACGGUAAAUCUGCAUGGGGCGUUAAUCACCCGGAUAUGUUUCAUAAUGGUGCUUCUCGUCGGCCGACUUUUAACAUCAGACGCAACGAGAUCUUCCAGCGCCAGGAUAUCGACGAUGGCGACUUGGAGGGUCGCCCAACCGGGGAAUCGCAUCGUGAAGACCCCGUGACCGAGAAACUUGAUCGUUUACUGGACAAGAUGGAGAAGUUUGAUCAAUGGAAGGAUGCGACGGAUCGUCGCUUGCAGAGUUUGAAUCCGGUGGUGUCGCGAGGGACAGAACCCCCUCUAGGGGUCAACGACGCUGACGAGGAGGAGUAUGUCGAUUUCAGACGAGGGAAAUCGGGGGACACAGGUUUUCGCGCGAGAAACCCUAAUUUAGGGUAUCGCGAGUUGGCUCCGGAGGAGAGGGUUCAACGCGCCGAGAAGGUCAACAAUGGCUCCGAAUGGGACCCACCAACGACUCGGUAUGGUCGAACUUGUUGGGACCCUCCCCAGCGAUAUUACCCAGCCGCCGCGGGGUUUGACCGGAACCAGGUAUCAAAUAAGCCACCCCGGUUCAAUGGGAGCGAGGCUACAAAUUGGAUUGCCAGGGUUCAAUAUUACUUCAAUCACGUUAUGAUGCCUGAGGCACAACGCCUUCACUAUGCAGUUAUGUUGUUCGAUCCGCCGGCAUCUGAAUGGGUGUUUAAUUAUUGCGCGAAUAAUGAGUUUGUUACAUGGCCGGAAUUUCUGGAGGAUGUUCGACACCGAUUCGACAGACAGAGCUUCAAGGAUUAUUUCGGGUUGAUUGCUAAGAUAACUCAGAAAGGCACAGUUCUCGAGUACCAUGAUACAUUCGAGAAGUACUUGAAUUGGGUCCAGGGGGUUCCGGAGGUGAAACUUUUUACUCUGUUUGUGGCGGGACUGAAACCGGAGAUGCAAGAGCGUCUGACGUUACACCGACCAACAUCUUUGGCGGCAGCCAUGGCGCUAUCCUUGGAGAUCGCGGAUACACACUCUGAACGCGCAAAUCCGCAAUCCACUUCAACCUUCCAGCGCAGACAAUGGACUGGACGCGAUAACCGAACCUCAGCGGGUCCAACGGGGUCACAACCGCCGUCGGGUACUGUCGCCGGGGCGAAGCCCGCACCGGGUCAGCAACAGCAACCGAAAGAGCAGCCACGCCGGUCGAUGAUUCGGGUGUCACAAGCAGAACGGGCCGAACGAUCACGUCUGAGGUUGUGUUGGCACUGCCCUGAAAAAUGGGUGGCGGGCCACGUUUGCAAACAACGUCUCCUAUGUUAUGCAGACCAAGAUGAUGUGUUGGAGGUGGAUGCCUCAGACAAGGAGAUAGUGGAGGAACUGGAGCCGAAGGAGGUAGCGUAUGUACACGCCUUGCAUGAAGGUCGUAGGUCUCGACCAUUGCGCGUUGUGGGAGCGAUUCAGGGUCGCGAUGUGAGUGUGUUGAUUGAUACAGGGAGUGAUCGAGACUUCCUACACCCAGAUAUUGUGAAAUCCUUGCAUCUUCCUCUGUCCCCGAUUCGACCUUUUCGGGUGAUUGUCGGUAAUGGCGAGGCUCUUCUAUGCUCUCAUGUGUCUAGACGGACGGAGUUGGAAAUGCAGGGUUCCACUUUCUUGGUAGAUCUGCACAUUUUGCCAGUACACGGGCCGGAUGUUAUCCUAGGGAUGGAUUGGCUGGAGUCCCUGGGAAAGGUGGCUGCUGAUUUCGCAGGCAAAACACUCGAAUUCAAACACGGGGAUAGGACAGUAGUUUUGAAAGGGAAGCUGCCGCCUCCCCGCCGCGCUAAUCCCCAGUUUUUAUCCUCGCUUUCGUCUUCUGGCGACGACGUGGAAUGCUUUGAGAUACUGCUGCUACAGCCCGAACAGCCCGACUCAGAACCGGAGAGCAGAGACGAGUUUCCCGCGGGUCUGCCGCCCGGGGUGUUAUCAGUUUUAGAGCAGUUUCGGGGCGUUUUCGGCACACCAGUGGGGAUGCCACCGUUUAGACCCUUUGAUCAUCGUGUGCACUUACUGCCCGGGACACGACCGGUUAAUGUGCAUCCUUAUAGAUACCCUUACUUCCAGAAAAACGAAAUAGAGAGACAGGUCAAAGACAUGCUUGAACAGGGUAUUAUUCAGAGAAGCAACAGUCCGUUCUCGUCACCAGUGCUCCUUAUUCGCAAGAAAGACGACACUUUCCGCUUCUGCAUUGACUAUCGGGCGCUGAACAACGCCACGGUGCCGGACCAUUUUCCUAUCCCCACGGCGGUGAACUUUUUGAUGAAUUGGGCGGCAAUGAAUUCGAUUUUUCACCCCAUGUUACGAAAGUUUGUCAUUGUGUUUUUCGAUGACAUACUGGUCUACAGCCCAUCGCUGGAGGUUUAUGGUGAACACUUGUCCGCCGUACUAAGGGUUUUGCAAGACCACAGCUUCUUUGUCAAGUUAUCAAAGUUUUCCUUCUGCAGCUCCACCGUCGAAUAUUUGGGCCACUUGAUUGGCGAUGGAUCCCUUAAGGCCGACCCCAAUAAAAUUAGUGUUAUGACGGCUUGGCCGAAACCGAAGAAUGUGAAGCAAUUACGCCGGUUUUUGGGCCUAACCGGGUACUACCGUCGUUUCAUAACCGGGUACGCCGUGAUCACGUCCCCUUUGACGGAUCUAUUGAAGAAGGAUGCUUUUGUGUGGACUCCGGCGGCGGAUUCUAGUUUCUUGGAUCUGAAAGGCGCCAUGACAACGGCGCCUGUGCUGCGUCUGCCCGAUUUUGAGAAGACUUUUUGCGUAGAGACGGACGCCUCUAAUACGGGUAUUUGCGCGGUUUUACUCCAAGACAACCACCCCAUUGCUUUUUUCAGCAGAAAACUGGGUCCUCGCCACCGCGUCGCUUCUACAUAUCAUAAGGAGUUAUACGCGAUAGUAGAGGCGGUUCAGAAAUGGCGUCAAUACCUACUAGGGAGAGAGUUCAUUAUUAGGAGCGAUCAGAAGAGUUUGAAGGAAUUGCUCCAGCAGAUAGUACAAACGCUGGAUCAGCAGCUUUAUGUGCGAAAACUCAUGGGCUAUAAGUUCAUUAUCGAGUAUAAGAAGGGGAGCACGAACCGAGCAGCUAAUGCUUUGUCACGCCGCGAGGAUACCGACCAGACCGACCCGCAGGAAGGCGCGGCCUCGGACGCCGAGGAAGGCUCCGACACAGGACAGAGUGGCGCGCUACUCGCGGCAGCAUCACACCCUAUUCCGCAUCUGUUGGAUUUGCUGCGACGGGAAACCUGUUCGUCCCCAGAGAUGCGAGAAAUCACGACCGAUAUAAAGGAGAGACGAGCCCCGCCACACUUAACCUUGGUGGACGGGCUGGUGUAUUACAACCGCCAUAUAUUUGUGGGCUCGCGAUCAUCGGCCCGGACGCCUAUAUUGACCGAGUAUCAUAGCUCGCAGUCGGCAGGUCACCCCGGGUUCGAGCGUACGCUGCGUCGCAUGGCUGCAGAUUUUUACUAG